UUAAAGUGAGGGUUUCGGCGCGCAUGUGUCCUCGUGCAUCAGCUUCCUGUCUGUUAGAUGCACAGACGCAGCUUCCCUUUUUGUCAUCUUCUGCCGCUCAUUUCAGUUGCACAAGUCUGCAGUGAUCGCAUCCCCGGCUAAUGACAUCAAGGCUUUUAUUGGAUGUCAGCUCUGAUUGCGUUAAAACUUCCGAGACAGGAAGGCUGCUUUCAUGAGAACAGUCAGAAGCUAAAAGAAAGGAUCGCAGAGAGAAUCUAAAGGCUGGUGGAUUUCCUGGGGGCCUCUACUUGUCACUGAGCUGAGAAACGCCCCGUGCAGCUAGCAUUUCUAACUUUCAGCGUCCUGUUACUGUCGAACGCCUCGUUUUGUCUGAUUGUCUGGAACUGUAGCUGCAGUCAUGUCUCGCAGAAGUUCUCGCCUGGUUUCUGGUGGCUACUAUAAUUCAGAUGAAGAAUCUGACUCAAGCAGCGUGACCAACAUAUCUAUAUCCUACCGUGAAAACCCUGUUAAGGUUUUCAAGAAGAAGGCCGGGACCCGCAAGCCCGCCUCCCGUACCUCCAGCAGAGCCAACAGCAAUACUAGCUCCGCUGCCCCUGACACACCUGUCACUCCAGUCCCAUCUCCAUUAACCAUUGAGAGCCAACCUGUCAUGAGGACCGUAUCUUUCACCCCAUCCACAGCCACCCCGCGGCCUGCCCUGACCCCAUCAUCAUCAUCAACCCCGAGGCAGACACCCCCUCAUUGCCACCCAGCAUCUCCAGGAAACAGCUCUCCUGCAGGGCACUGCAGCUCUAGCAGGCCAGGAUUACAGUUUAGACCCAGCCAUAAGGAGCUGAGUCAGAGUGGCGUGGACAGCUCAGGGUACUCGUCCUCUGAGGGUACUUACAGGAAGCCCAUGGCCGCCCCCUGCAGCACUGGUAGAGUCAGCAUUAACACUGGGGAUCCCAAUACCGGAUACAGAAGCAGAAUCAAAAGUGCCUUCAACAGCCUUAGCGACUCAGCCCUGAUGCUCGGUGCGACAGUAUGUGCAAAAACACAUGACGUGGCAGCGUUAGCUAAUUCUCUAAUCAGCAGUCGCAUGAAGAAGGCUUGUGGUGUGGCUCUCCUCCUCCUCCUCAUCUUACUUUUAUGUCUUUGGUUGUUCCUUCCCUUGCUCACCUCUUUCAUCACCCGCAUGAAUGUCACAAAGAGCCCAUCACAGACACAGCCUGUUGUCCCUGCUACUCCUCCUCCUGCCCAACCCAACAACAUCUAUUCCAAACCUGUGGUGGAUCCUACCAUUGUGUCUGCUGUAGUAGAUGAAAAGAUGCAACGUCUUCUGGUGGAGCUGCAGAUGAAGCAGGAGCUGCUUCUCUCCCAGAUGAAGGAGAGACUCCAGCUGGAAAUGCGCGAUAUGAAGGCCAAGCUUGAGGCCACAGACUCCGACAGUCGGCAGCAUCUGGAGCAGCAGGUCACAAGGUUGAGCAGCCGGAUGGCAGAUUAUCAGUCAGACAGCAGCACUGCUGCUGCCAGCCUCACCCUCAGAAUCCAAGCUUUAGAGGAUCAGAAUAAUAAGUUGGCCCAGGAGUUGUCAUCCAUCCAGGUGAUGCCUCCUCCAGCCCCCUGCCCUGAUCCUACCAACACACCUAUACACAAUCACCUCACACCUGAGCUCCAACAUGCCAUGGAGAAGUGGCUCACUGACCGCAUCAAGGAGCAGGAUGCAAUCAGGCUCAGCAGCAGUGGAAGCUGCGCAGACUGUGGACGUCCCAUGGCUGAUAAAGUGGCUGACUUUGCCCUGGAGACUCAAGGUGCCAGUGUGAUCAGUACCAGGUGUUCAGAGACAUACCGUAUUCGUUCAGCAUGUGUGACCCUGUUUGGUUUCCCUCUUUGGUAUCCAUCUGAAAGCCCGCGCACUGUCAUUCAGGGUUACCCAGUGCUGCUUCCAGGGAAAUGCUGGGCGUUUCAUGGUGUCCAGGGAACACUUGUGAUCUCUUUGUCCCACCCCAUACGGAUAACUCAUGUGACACUGGACCACCUACCACGCUACAACUCUCCCACUGGCCGAAUUGACUCAGCACCCAAAGACUUUGAAGUCUAUGGGAUGGAAAACGACACAGAAGAAGGAACACUGCUGGGGACGUUCACUUACGAUGAGUAUGGAGAGCCAACGCAGACGUUUAAGAUUCCUAAUCCGAGCGACAUGGUUUACAGAGUCGUGGAGCUGAGAGUUCUCAGUAACUGGGGUCACGUCGAGUAUACGUGUCUUUACCGUUUCCGUGUGCACGGAAAGAUCGCCACCACGUGAGGCUUCAGACUCACUCGGAGUGACUUGAGUGGCCAAAUGCUACUGAAAAGUGUUUUAGUGUUCACACGCACAACUCUUUGUUUCAGCUGUGUUUUACUGGGGUUUUUCUAACCUCUUAAUAUUAAAGGAUAAAAACGUGCACGA